AAAUCAACUCGAUUUUAUUUCUGUUGAUGUUUUCGUAGAAUUUUUUUGUUUCUUUCUUCUUCUUUAAUCUGUUUGUUGAUAUUACUACUUGUGAGUAUUUCAUUAGAAGAAGAGAAAACCUGAGAAUCAAUUGAGAUUCUGUUCUCUUUAAUCUCUACAUUUUCUGUUUUCCUUUUUUUUAUUUUUCGUUCCAUUCUCACCUCAUGUUAAUGUUAUUGUCUAUUGUUGCUUUUGGUGGUUCCUCUUUACUUUCCAUCAUUUUCUUCAGCAAACUCAUGGAGUUCAUGGAGAUGGUGUGAUGAUUGAGAUGAUGAUCAUCUCUAAAGAAUAGUCAACAGGAGCUGUUACGAUUUCAUCUCAUUUUGUCUUCUCUCUCUCUCCCAAUCUGAUUCUCUGUUAUUUUUUUCCAUUUUUACACCAAAAAGGAACAGUUAUUUUCUCAAUUCUUAUUUGCUCUUUCAUCUUUCUAUUAUUAUUUCUAAUCUCAUUACCGUUCUCAUCAUUAUCUACUUUUCUUCAUAUUAUUUUGAACAUUAUCUCUUCUUUUCAUCAAGUACAAUUUGUGUUUUCUAUUCUACUCAUUUCAUAAUCUAAAUAUCUCCCUGAAUACACCUACAUCUCUAACAUGGUCAAUUCUGUUCUCAACUCAUCAUUAUCUUUUCCUUGUUUCCUCUCAUGGUUUAUUUUACCUUCUCCUCAUUGGAAUCAAUUUCCUUUUUAAUCAUCAUCAUUCUCCAUCAACAUUUAUCAUCUUUAUCUUCACCAUAACCAUAAUCUUCUUUUUAUCCUCCGGGUUCAUCUUCUUUACCACCACAAUCAUCAUCAUCAUCAAACCCAAAAUAAUUAAUUUUACUUGAGUUUUAUUGUUUAGAUUUUCAUCUUCUCUAUUAUUUCAACCAGUUUUCUUUACCUUUCUCAUCCUCCAAGUUGAUUUAUUAAUUCUGUGUGUAUUCAAGAUCAUCUUAUAUUCCAAUUGUCAUUCAAUUAAUCAAUAUUCUAACAAGUGAACAUAAUAUCAUACAAAUUUCCAUCAAUUUUCAAACGUUAAUCUUGACAAUUUAAAUAUACAAUUCUUAUUUUCCUUUCAAAUAUAAGGAUUUUCCUUCAUUCUCUCUUUCCUGAUAAACCAUUUCCAAAUCUUUAUCAAUUGUGUUCCUCAUCUAAUUUAAAAUUUAUCCUCAAUUACAACCAAUUGGAUUAACAAUAUUUUCACCAGAAAAAAAACUUUAAUAAGAGAUUAAGAGAUGACAUAUUAACUCUUCCAAUCUACUGUUGAUGUAAAUUAGUUUCUCUUUAACCUUUUGUAAAGCCUUUGGAUUUUCUCGUCAAUUUUUACGAUUAAUUAAUCAACUGGUCAAGUUAAUUACCGAAUCUAAACAAACAAAAAGGAUAACAAAACUCUGUUAAUUUCCAGUGACAUUGAAAGUAUUGAACUCUAAGUAUUACCUUGUAUUUUCUGUAAUAGAGAGAGAGAGAAGAAAAAGAAAAAAAAACCUUGACUUUUCCUCUUCUUCUCACUUUUUCAUCCUCAUCCUCAUCUUCAUCAUCCUAGUUAAUCAAUAACCUGAAUUAAUGAUGUUACUCUCCGCUCAAUCUGUGAAUAGAAACCAUGAUCUUCAACAAUUGUAACACCCAAAUUGUUACAAGAUUAACUAAAAUAUUCCAAAUCAACUAUUGUGAUUUAAGCUUUUUACCUUUUAAUCUUGAUUUUUGGAUUACAUUGAGAUACUAAGUGAGCUUAAUCAAUUAAGAUUUCGUUUUAAUCUUAAUCAUUUAUCCUGAUAAUUUAAUAUUCCAGCUUAUUGGAUAUGAGUUGUUCUUGUCAUCAAUAUCUCAAUGAUUCAACUGAUAACACUUUCUACCAAGACGAAUGCUUGAUAAAAGUUUACUAGAUAAGAAUGACACCGAUUCUGAAGAUGAAGAUAAUGAUGUAUCACCAUCAUCUCAUGUACAAUCACCACCACCACCAUCAACAACAACAACAACAACAACAUCAUCAUCAUCAACAACAACCACCACAACAAUCAGAAAACUAUCUCGACCCAUUGAUCAACCAUCUCUGCAACAACCACCAGUAUCAUUACUACCAAUGCACCAUGCAACAUGUUCAUCGUCUUCAUCAACAUCUCAUGGAUUCAGCAACCAAAGGAAUAACUAUCGAUCUGAAUCAUCAUUAUCAUCAUCUCAUCAUCCAGAAGAUGAUGAUAUGCAUACAGAAAGAAAUGGCGAUGAAGAAGAAGAUGACGAAUAUGAUGAUGAUGGUCAUUCAUCAUCAGCUUCUUAUCAUCUAUCUGACCACCAUCACCAUCAUCAUCAUCAACAACAACAACAACAACAAUCAUCAUCUUCUACACCUCUUCCUACACCACCUCCACCUCCAACAUCAUUACCACCCACUAGUCAACAAUUUUUCCCCAAUCAUCCACAAUUUCGUCAUCAUCUUGCUACUCAUUAUGAACAAGCAACUUUGCCUUCACCAAAUUCAGUUUCAGGCUCAUAUUCAUCAAUCACUGAAUCAAAUAUUAAUCAACGGAUCAAAUUUAUGGUUAAAAAUGCUAAAAAAUCAUCAAUCGAUAAAAAGAAAAGCCAACGUAUCGGUGGAAUCAAAUCAAGGCCAAUUAAAUACUUGAAACAUCCACUUGACCGAUCAAUAGCAUCCUUCUUCCUGUUGACCUUAUUUUUUACUCUUUUAGCUCUUAUAACAGGCCUUCCGGUUGUGUUAACAUUGACCUUACUUUUGGCACUAUCGAUGUUAUUAAUUAAAUGUCUCAAUUGCUCUUGUAAAGGAUAUCCGGCAAACAUGGUACAAGCAACUCCAAUUGAAACAUUCUGGUUAAAUCCAAACGAUUUUACUAAUUCAUCAUCAACCAAAUCAAAUAGCAAUCCAAUGGUCAGUGGUAAUAACAAUGAAAAUAAUGAUACCGUUAAUCCUAAUCCAGAAAAUGAAGAAAACUCAACCAAUGAUCAUCUUAAUCCAUGUAACUGUUUAAUUCCAAAUUCAAUAAGUACUUGCCUUCUUUUCGUUGAUUCUGAAUUGAAUAUUGACCAGUUACGAGAUAUUUUCAUGGCUCGAAUUGUUCAGAAACCGGAAAUGGCUCGUUUUCGAUCAAUUUUAACCUACAAAGGCUUAACUCGAACUCCUAUUUGGUCACGUUUAUCAUACGAAGAGUUUUCAAUUGAGAAGCAAAUAAUUAACGAUCGAUUGAUCAGUUCAAAAGAAGAAUUGAAAAUGCACCUUCUCACUCUGAUGAGAACCAAUUUAUCACCGAAUCUACCGCUUUGGCAGAUAAGACGAUGUUCGGCCACUUAUCUUAAUCAAGUUAUCCUAAUCCUGCGAAUUCACCAAUCAGUUAUCGAUGGAUGUGGAUUAGCUAAACUGUUAGUUCAAUAUUUAGCUGAUCAACCGCCACCAAAGACAACAACCUUUAUCAGAACCACCCAAGGAACCACCGCAUCGACAAGUCACUUUAAGCCUCGUUUUGGUGGCAUUAAUUUUACAAUCAAUCUAAUUCGAGCUGCAAUUGUUGGCCCAUUAACGUUCAGCUUAUGGGUUAUCUGGGCAUUUACUAGGAGAAAAAAUAAUUACCUCAGUAAGGUAGCGGUGGUGAAAAAAUCACCUCGAUCUACCGCCAUGGUCCAUAACGAUUCCAAGAAAGAUAAACUAGUAUUAUCAUCGUCAUCAUCUAAAAAUUCAUGUUCAAAUUCAAAGUAUCUCGAUGAAGCAAUAAUAUCAAACAAUAGCAAUGGUGAAAAUAUUAUCAACAAUGCUACAAGAAAUACUAAUGCAAUCACAACCUCAUCUCCACCAUUAAAUUAUAACAAUAAUAACAAUGGUUCUUGGACGGAACAAUCUAAUCAACAUACUUCCAAUCACAACACCCAACAACAACAACAACAAAACACGAGCCACAUAAUUCACCAAGUAAAUCAAUCUACUGGACAACCGUUGAACUGGAUAAAGUGGUCAGGGUUAAACAAGUUACUCGAAGUUGUCUCAAUGAUGUUAUCCUUGCUGCAGUUACAGGUUUGUCCUCUAAUUGUGUCACAAGAAAGUAACAAGCAAGAUAAAUGUUAAGGAUGAGGAAGAUUAUUAUGAUGAAACAAUUGAAUAAGUUUUUCUUUGUCAUUGGCGGCAGAUUAAGAUCUAAAUCUUGAUCCCUCCAAUUGGAUUACUUUCCCUUGACGAUAUAAUAUUUAGUCGUUUCUCUUACCCCUUUUCAAAUCAUUGAAUUCAAUGAACUUUUUCAAGUUUUUCCUUCUCUCUCCAUGUUACUCUCCAUCAAUCUAAAGUCUUCAGUACCUGAAUGCUAUUAAUCUGGCGAAGAAAUAAAAUUAUUAUUAGAUGAUAAUAACUUGUUUCAUGAUAGAAAUCAUGAUAUUAGCAGAAAUUGUAAUCAAUUUGAUGAAUUUUUUGCACGGAAAUUGUUUGUUUAUUAUUUUUAUAUCUUUUCAGUUGAUGAUUUCAUGUUCAAAGAUCAUUUAACAUGGAACUGUUUUCAUUUAAUUCUGGUUCCAUGAUACUCAAUGAGAAU